AUGGGUUCCGUAAUCCAACGUCUGAUCUCGAUUUCAAAGGAUCUCGACACCGCGAGGAAUGAAGUUGCGAAACAGGAUGUACAACAUCAAUACGAUGCCGAGAGGCUUCAGAAGAAGAUCAGAACUUUAGAAGGACAACGGGGAUGUGAUCAGAAGCGGAUAAAAAAACUACAAUCCGAACUUGCCGACUUGCGACACUACAAGAAAGCCACAAACCCAGGAGCUCAAGACGAAGAAGAGGGGGAGGAGGAGGAGGAGGGGAAGAAGAAGAAGAAGAAGAAGAAGAAGAAGAAGAAGAAGAAGAAGAAGAAGAAGAAGAAGAAGAAGAAGAAGAAGAAGAAGAAGAAGAAGAAGAAGGGGACGAUGGCAGCGAUGAUAGAAUUAUCGAGGUGA